AUGAAUGUGAAUGAUAUCGAGGACUUGCUGGGAGGCACUGGUAGGUAUCGAUCGAGGGCAUACCCCUUACCUUUACGUAUCCUCUACAACGAUAAUAGCAACUGUCGUCUUCUUCCACAUCUGUUUCCUUAUAUUGUAUCAUUCCUGGUUGAGGAACUCUUCGGGUUAGGAACUGCACUCAUCAUCACCUACGACGUCCUUCUGCAGAGUAGGAGAUGCCUGCGGACGGACUCGCCGCCUCCCUCGCCCCACUACCCCCGACCGCGAGGGUGGGGGAGUGGUGGGGCACCAGAACACCCUGGACGAGGAAUAGGAGUUCCGGAUCCUAUAGGAGCUACCUUCUUCACAUCGAUCCCCCCCCCCCCUCAUCUGACACUACAAAAAAAAAUUAACUUAACCAUACCUCUUGGAUAG